GGAUGCGGUCAUCAUGAAAUACAUGUCAGCCAAUAGGUUAGUUAGAGCGACUCAGGGGUUUGGUCUCUGAAAUGUUUAAUGUACUUCCGUGUUUGUUCAGUUCUUUCCACACUCAUUUGUGAGGCUGCAGAUGCACAAAUGGUGAGAGAGUGCAAUCAUCACGCGUCUGGAGACAAUGCAACUAUUGAGAAGCAAAGCUGGUCAAUUAUUUAUUGUCUUCUUUAUCCAUUCCUUUCAUAAUGUCAAAAUCCAAGCCCUUCCUCAGUCUGUAUUGACGGCCAGCGCGUCAUCCAUCGGAGAGGAAGAGUCUGUUACACUUCAGUGUUCGGCAAAGGCAGGGAACCCUCCUGAAAAAUGUUGGAUUUACCUGAUUAGUCAAACUAACGGCCAAAAAAAAAACAUCGCCUUCAAAUGCCAGGCGACAUUUACAGGCUCUGUGCUACUGGCAGAGAACUGGGCUCUCGCUGAGGUGAAGGUUCGGUGUUUUUACGCCGUGGAUAGGCAGUCUAACACUCAGCCUGCUCCACACAGCGACAUCGUGUCUAUCACUGUAGCCCUUCCUCAGUCUGUAUUGACGGCGAACGCCUCAUCCAUCAGAGAGGAAGAGUCUGUUACACUUCAGUGUUCGGCAAAGGCAGGGGACCCUCCUAAACAAUGUAAUAUUUACUGGCUUAAUCAAGCGAAAGACCAAAACCAAAUCACCUUCGACUGCCAGGUGACAUUUACAGGCUCUGACCUCCUGGCACGUACCGGGGCUCUCGCUGAGGUGAAGGUUGGGUGUUUUUACACCGACGAUCGGUGGAUUAAUCCGACUGCUCCACACAGCGACAUCGUGUCAAUCACUGUAAGAAGAGCCCUUCCUCAGUCUGUAUUGACGGCGAGCGCGUCAUCCAUCAGAGAGGAAGAGUCUGUUACACUUCAGUGUUCGGCAAAGGCAGGGGACCCUCCUGAAAAAUGUUGGAUUUACCUGAUUAGUCCAACUAACAGCCAAAAAAACAUCGCCUUCGAAUGCCAGGCGAAAUUUACAGGCUCUGUGCUCCUGGCAUAUAACUUGGCUCUCGCUGAGGUUAGGGUUCAGUGUUUUUACACCGUGGAUGUGCAGUCUAACACUCAGCCUGCUCCACACAGCGACAUCGUUUCUGUCACUGUAAGAAGAGUUGUUACUGGCAGACCUGCAUCAGCCAGUCCUACAUCAGCCAGACCUAUACCAGCCAGGCCUACGUCAGCCAGGCCUACGUCAGCCAGGCCUACGUCAGCCAGGCCUACGUCAGCCAGUCCUACGUCAGCCAGUUCUACGUCAGCCAGUCCUACGCCAGCCAGUCCUACGUCAGCCAGGCCUACGUCAGCCAGUCCUACGUCAGCCAGUCCUACGCCAGCCAGUCCUACGUCAGCCAGUCCUAUGCCAGCCAGUCCUACGUCAGCCAGUCCUCACAAAACCGUGGUGAAUCCCAACUCAGUUGUCCCAGGCAGUCCUACGUCAACCAGUGCUACUACUGCUGCCACAACCAUGGUGAAUUCCACCCCCAGUGCCCAAUAUAGCUCUCCUGGGAGCCUAUUUUUAAAGGCUGCAAUCAUACUAAUAGUAUGUUGUGGAGUGAUUGUGUUUCUGAUCGUUCUGCUGUUUGCUGUUUUGAAAACUUGGAGGAGGAGAAAGAAAAACACAAUGGAAAUGAAGAGUCUCAAUACUGGAUCGUCAAAAGUGGUUAAUCGCUCCGGCAGCUGCAUCAAAGAGGAUGGUGUCUACCACGUGUACAGCACUAUCUCCAAUGAGCCCAGUGCACCCAACCAGACAUUGGUGUAUGACCUUCUGCAGGCCAAUUGACUUCAUGUUCCUGCAGGUCCACGCCAAUGGGAUAACAAACCCUGUUUUGUCUAGUUCGUUUUUUAGUGCCCUGCUUCAAA